AUGGUUGAGAAGUUCGUCGGGACGUGGAAGAUGAUUUCCAGCGAGAACUUUGACGACUACAUGAAAGCGAUUGGUAUGUCAUCCUUUGAAUAUUUUACUUUUUUUUUCAGUGUGCAGUGUCUUUUAAAAAAGUUUAGUCAUAUAGUAUGAUAGAAAAGGUCUAUUGUUUAAAUGAUUCACUUGAUUUUCUUGUGCAGGUGUGGGCUUUGCGACCCGGCAGGUGGGCAACAGGACCAAACCCAAUUUGAUAGUGAGUGUUGACGACGACGGGAUGGUUUGCAUGAAGUCUCAGAGCACCUUCAAAACCACCGAAAUCAAGUUCAAGCUGAACGAGCCGUUUGAUGAGACGACUGCUGAUGAUAGGAAGACGAGGGUUAGUUUUUAUUAUUGGGGACUCAGAGCUUCAGAGAUGGUCUUUGAGCUGGAGAUCAUAGUUUGACUGUGUUGUUUGCCCUGCAGACGGUGGUGACUCUGGAGAAUGGAAAACUGGUGCAGAAACAGAGCUGGGAUGGCAAAGAGACGAAUAUCGAGAGAGAAAUCACAGAUGGGAAAUUGAUAGCGGUGAGUUUGAGUUUCUGCAUAUGAAACUUGGUGGUAACUGGCAUGUCUCUCUCUUUCUUAUUUAUACAGAAGAUCUUAAGUGUAUAAUCCUUGAAAAAAAAAUCAUUGCAUCGAUUAAACCUCAAAUCCUUCACAGUUUGAACUAUAUUUGAAUUUGUAAAAAUGAAAAAAUACAAUAUCAAGAUGUUAUAGUCCUAGUUUUUUUUCAACUUUUGAAGCCCAGUCAAACCCAAGAGAGCCCUUUAUAGAUUCAAAGAUAAAAUGUAAUCCAUGAGUGGUGAAUAAUCCAGCACAAAAGUUCUAAAGCAUCCCCUAAUAUACCAGAAAGACUCGAUUUAUGUCAUGAAGGAUUAAACAACUCAUUAAGAUGAUAAUCUCAUUAGAUAUGUUUGAAUAAGUGACAAGAAAGUGGGAUUAAAUCUCCAGGUUAUAAAGAGAGUAAUGUAAAUAUGCGUGCACUCUUAUCUCUGUCGCCAUAUGAAGAUUUUUUAAUCUACAAGCUGCGCCCUCUUUCUUUCUUUCUUUCUUUCUCCACAGAAAUGCAUAAUGGGAGAUGUAGUGGCAGUGCGGACGUACGUAAAGGAGGCGUGA